CUGUAACAUGACUGGCGUUGAGGAACAAGAGGUGUUCAUGUAUGUAGCGAAUUCCGGUAAGGAAAAGGAAUGGGGUUAAAGCGGUGGCUGGGGAAGGGGCAGUGGGGCCCUUCCCCACCGCAUGCCCCAUUCCAGCUGCCUCUGAAGCUGCCUCUGCCUGUACGUCAACAACGGGGCCACACACACACCUAGUGCCGUACACCCUGUAUUACAUUAGGAAGGUAAUCCUAGUUCACCUCUGUCCAUUGUUCUAUCCGAGGGUAAGGGUUCUCAUAUGUCUCCAUAAAUGCCAGAAAAUCCCUUUCCCGCAUGCCACCGCCUAUGCAGGCAACCACGACAUUGGUGAAGCGGGCAUUAAGUGCCUAUCGGAUGCUCUGGAGCGCCACGACGGGUUGGACGUCCUCAAUAUCGUGGGUGUUCCCCUUACACGCACAGGUGUUGGGCACAUCACUGAAGCCCUAAAAAGGAACCCCCGAGUGCUGUCUGGCGGUCUGGGCAUCAUUAAAAAGGUUAAAGAGGUCCCUGGAAACGGUGGUAGAGAUGAAAACUCUCCUCGAGAGAACAUUGUUACCCCCACAGAGGUCAUCAAUCUGGAACUGAUCAAGGCACUGGCUAAGCGUGGUGCAAAUUUGUUGUGCUAUGCAAACAACCUGACCCGCGAGGCUCAGGCAGCACUGGGUCUUGACUGGGCCGCCGGGGGUGAGGAUGGUAACCAGGCGACGUGCAAAAAGCUGCUGGACGUGGUGUUUGAAUGGAAGGAAAUUGAGAUGCGAAGGAGGGCGAAGGAUGACCUUGUGGAGUUGCUGGUGAUCAGCCCUGAGGAUGCGGAAAGGUUCCCCUGGGAGGUUUCCAAUGUCAACCUCGCUAGGAAAGGACUUGUCACAAAACACAUCACGUCGCUCAUAAAAAUGCUCGAGCGGAGCCCUGACGUCCGAACGCUGGACCUCUCUGGUAACCCGUUUAUUGGCGGCACGGGUGUAACGAGCCUGGUGGCUGCCAUCAAGGACGCUAGGCUCAGUACCAUUGAAGCCAUCCACAUCAGCAAAUCUGGCCUCACUGCAGACACUAUGAAAGACGUCACUAUUGCAUUGCCAUCCCUCAAGACCUUGGACGUAUCAGGUAACAGUAUUGGUGAUGACGGCAUAAGGAAUCUGCUGACGGGGCAGCAGCUACCCAACAUGACAGAACUUUACAUCAAGGAUGCUGGUCUUACUGAUGCCGGCAUCCAUCACAUCACCGGGGUAAUGCAAUCAAUCUCCAACUUGAGGGUCUUGGACAUUUCAGGCAACGGACUCAAAGACGAAGGCAUACGAAGCCUGGCAGACCUACUUGAACACCACAGCUCUCUUAAAGAGUUGCGCCUGGAUGGACUGCCAUUCACCGUACAUGUGUCGCGAUACCUUGGAAGGGCGCUUGUGCGGAAUCCCAUGGUUUUGUCUGGAGGAACACUUUCCAUCUCAGAUGCUGGUGAUAAAGCCAUCUGCAGCCUGCUGUCCGAGUUUGUGCAGUGCCGAGGAGCGAAGCUAAAUUGUAAGCCCAGCUCCAUCGUUUUUAAGGCCACGGACUGGAAGCAGGUUCAAGUCUCCUACGUCAGCAGCGUAUUGGCAGCGAAGGCGGGGCUGCUCUGCAGUGGUUCAUGCAGAGCACGCGCACACAAUGUGAAUGAGACGCGCGAUGAAAGUGUCCAAAACCUCUUUGACGGUCGCUUAGCUACCAAAUGGGUGGACUUGGAAUCGGAUUUGGGUUGGAACGGCC